AUGGAUAAAACUGAGGAUGAUUGUAGUAUGGAGUUUCUUGAGGAGAAGGGAUUUUUCAUCAGCUUUGAAGAAGAUGGAACACUCGAUUGGUUUUUCUACCCUGCUUACUGCGAAUGUGCUUCCCUGAGUGACUAUCAACGCCUAGUCCUAAAAAAUUAUGGUGGUACCGAGUACAACAUGUGGAGUGACUACCAUAGCUACCUUCAUAGCUAUGAUAUUGAACGGGAGUAUCUCAAGUACUGCGAGGAAUUAUCCAAGCGACUGAAGUGGAUGGAAGAUUAUGUCGAUAUUUGCCGCUCAUCCGUCAAAUGGGGUAAAAUAUCUUCCCGAGGAGCAUUUCAAGCAAUUAAGAUUGCUGCUACUAGCUUUCCCAAGAUCACUCCUACUUUAGCUUACAAUGGCUUUGAUGAGUAUAAAGAGCGCAUUUGCUAUUAUCAUACUUGGUUUAAGGAGUAUGAUCGUUUAUACUUUGAGAUUUGGCGGCGGGUCACAAAGGGAACGAGUUUCAGAAAGGCUAUGGAGGACGUUUGUAAGAUGAACAAGUUUCCGGUACGACAAGGUUUAAUGCAAACUGCGCUGGACCAUGAGUACACCAUGACGUUGAUGGAAGAGGACUUCCAUACCUGCACGGCAGCCAUUCGCCCUGGAGUUAAAGAGGAUAAAGCUAAGGAGUUGAUUGCAGACGGAGUUAAAAAGCUGGUUAAUAUGCCCAAGUCCUAUGAGGAUUAUAUCAGAAAAAAGAUAGAGAUCGCACGCAUUAUUGGAAUCCUUCCUUCCGAGAAGACUGUGGCAACAGUAUAA